UGAAGAUGCAAACUGAACUCCCUUCCACUACAUCUUCAGGCGGCAUGUCGCACACCUCUUCGAAUUCAUGCUCGGAUCUCUCCAGCUUUCUCCAGCCGCUUAGGAUAGGGAUAGAUACCCUGUAUGAAUUGUCAUACCGCCUUUCCUUAACCUACAGGAAGUUGGCGGCCUCUCCCGAACACUUUUUCCCCACUCCCAUCACCCGACUACCAACCGGCCUGGAAAGAGGCCGGUAUCUCGCAGUUUAUGUUGGUCUCUCAUAUCUUCGAGUGGCAUUUAUCGACUUGUUAGGUGAUCAACAGCGCGUACGACGAACACUAGAAAAGGCUUGGCCAAUCGAGGAGCAUCUGCGAAGAGAUCGCGCUCCAGAUCUGUUUACCUUUAUAGGAGACUGUAUUGCAGAUGUUGUCCGAGAUAGCUUGAAUAGUCCAACCGAAGAUGUACCCCGCGAGCUCACGACAGGUAUCUCUUUUUGUUUCCCUAUCAGACAAAAAUGUUUGAACGAGGCUAUUCUGAUGCCGACAGGGAAAGGCUUCGCUUUGAAGACAGAUCUUAACCUGCACCAGGCCUUGCUAGAUGGCUAUGAGCGUCACACCUGGUCCCCUGGCGAAGAUGAGCAGCGGAUACCUGCCAAACGACGAAAGCUCUUCAACCUUCCCAGAUUAAGGAUUGCAGCAAUGACGAAUGAUACUUCGUCAACGCUUUGCUCGCUGGCAUAUACCAUCCACUCGUUCCCAAAUACACGCGCCGUAAUGGGCCUCAUUGUGGGUGCUGGUUCCAAUGCUACUCUCCCAAUAAAGAUAGCCGACCUGGAUGAACGAAAAGUCCAGCAUAUUCGCGAGAAGGAUCCAGAUGCACUGGAGGCUCUGGUGUCAACGGAGUGGACUUUAUCUAGCGCCUCUGCGCCAAUCUUCGAGUUGAAUCUUCGAACUAAAUGGGAUACGGAGCUUGACAAGCAUUGUCAAAGGCCAGGCUUCCAACCUUUGGAGUUGAUGGUCGGGGGAAGGUAUAUUGGUGAGCUCGUGCGACUCAUCGCAUUUGACUGGUUUCAUGGUGUGCUAGGUAUUCCACGCUCAGCAUUGCCUGCAAAACUGGUUACAGAGUACUCGCUUUCGACAGAUUUCCUUUCUCUCAAGGUAGCUUGCAACCAGUGUGAUGAGCGAUUGGCAAUGGAGUUAUCUCAGGAGUUGCCGCAGCCUUCCACGAGUGACUGGUGUUGGACACCGGAUUCCUCUCGGGAUCUUCGUGUCAUUGCAAAUUAUGUCCAGGACAGAGCGGCUUCCCUAGUCGCAGCAGUUAUCGUUGGUCUUCUUGUAUGCGCACGAGAGAUUGCUUUACAGCCUCCUCAAGAUCUAGAAGAAUCCAUAGCAUCGAAUACUUCGAACCGAAAAAAACGGACUGAUGAGUCCACAACAAGGUGGAUAAAUGGCCCGGAAGAACUGGCUGUAGCCGUUUCUGGCGGGGUCAUGCAGCAUUAUCCACACUACAAAGAAAAGACACAAAGAUACAUAGACCAGCUUCUGAUUCGUGCUGGUCCACAGCAAGAGGGCAAAAGUAUUUUUCUUCGAGAUGUGAAUGAUGGAGGACUAAUAGGCACGGGAAUCUUAGCAGGAACUACUACUGGGGAGAUCGGGGGGAUUAUAGGCUCCACAUUUGAAAUGUGAAUCUUGCAUUCCACAUAUAACUAUUUUGUAGAAGGAAAUGCUUGCCUUCUAGAUGUAACUUCCAG